GGAGUGACAACACUGGAUUGAAAAAUCGGCGCUGAUGUGAGGGUGCGAUCGGGACGGCCGCGACCAACCCUUAGGAUUACCACCAACUGGAAUACUAUACCGCUCCGGGAACAUUUGCUGUGGCUACAAGGAUGUCGUGGGUGCCGGCCGACCUGGCGUCGCUGUGCAGCGAGGGCGCGCAGGUCUCCUCGUGCGGCAGCUCGGCCUUCAUGUUCCUGGCGCUGGUCGCCGAGAUGCUGAGCUGGUCGCGGGACGACGACCGCAUGAGCCUGGCGGACAGCUUCGUGCAGCUCAGCAUGCCGCUGCAGGAGCCCAGCGUGCUGAGCCUCGGGCUGUCCGACAUCCACCUGCCCUGGGACGCUCAGCCGCAGGAGGAGGAGUUUGACUUCAUCAUCAUAGGCGCCGGGUCGGCGGGCUGCGUGCUGGCGCGCCGCCUGUCCGAGGUGCACCACUGGAACGUGCUGCUGCUCGAGGCCGGCGACGAGGAGCCCGAGGUGGCCGAGGUGCCCGGGCUGGCGCCGCUGCUGCAGGGCUCCUCCAUCGACUGGAACUACCGCACGCAGCCCGAGCACCACGCCUGCCGGUCCAGGAAGGACGGCGGCUGCUACUGGGCGCGCGGCAAGGUCAUGGGCGGCUCCUCCACCAUCAACUACAUGAUCUACAUGCGCGGCCACCCGGAGGACUACGACGAGUGGGAGGCCAUGGGCAACGAGGGCUGGGGCUACGGCGAGGUGCUGCCGUACUUCCGCAAGUCGGAGCGCAACGAGGACCACGACAUCCUGGAGGAGAGCCCAGAGUUCCACGGCAAGCACGGGCCGCAGACGGUCGAGCGCUUCCCUUACACCGACCCCAACGUGCCCCUCUUCAUCGAGGGCUGGCGGCACCUCGGCUACCAGGAGCAGGACCUCAACGACGACACCCAGGUUGGGGUCAUGCACCUGCAGACAACGUCGCAGCACGGCGAGCGCCUGUCGACCAACGGGGCCUUCGUGAGGCCCGUGCGUCGCAAGCGUCCUAACCUGGUGGUGCGCACCCAGGCGCACGUCACCCGGAUCCUGUUCGGCGUCAAGAAGCACUGCACCAAGGAGCACCAGGAUGACCAUGAUUGCAAGCCCACAGCCCUGCAAGUCGAGUACCAACAGGGUAGGGGAAAGGGAGCCAGGAUGGUGAGAGUGACCGCCUCCAAGGAGAUCAUUCUGUCAGCAGGAGCCAUCAACUCCCCAAAGAUCCUGAUGCUGUCCGGGGUAGGCCCGUCCAAGCACAUUGCGCAGUUCGGCGUGCACGUGGUGGCCGAUCUGCCCGUGGGCAAGAACCUCCAGGACCACGUCACGACGAACGGGGUGGUCAUGGCGCUGGGUAAGACGGCGACGGACGUGCACGACGAGCAGAAGGUCAGCGACCUACACGACUGGAUCAUCUCCCCGCCCAAGGGGAUGCGCCAGGGCCCGCUGGCGGCCACCGGCGCGCUGGGCUGCGGGGUGCUCGCGCAGACCGAGUACGCCGAGGACCCGGACCUGGCCGACAUCCAGUACGCGUUCGACGCCGGAAACGCCGAGGACUUCGUGCGCGACCCGGAGAACUACUUCGAGAUCAACGCCAACCCCCUCGUGUACUACGACGCCGUCAACAUAAGGCCCAUCCUGCUGCGGCCGAAGUCCAGGGGAUAUAUUCUGCUCAAUGACACGGACCCGGUGUGGGGGCCGCCCCUCAUCUACCCAAAGUACUUCACGCGCGAGCCCGACCUGGCCGUGAUGGUGGCGGGCAUGCAGCUGGGCGUGCGCUGGUCGCGCACCAAGCCGCUGGUGCACGCGGGCGCGCGCAUGCUGCAGACGCCGCUGCCCGCCUGCAAGCACCUGCCGUGGGGCGAGGACGAGUACUGGGCGUGCGUCGCCACCGAGUACACCACCACCAUCUACCACCCGGUGGGCACGUGCAAGAUGGGCCCGCACGAGGACCCCGAGGCCGUGGUGGACCCCCGCUUGCGCGUCUAUGGCGUUAGCCACCUGCGCGUCGUGGACGCCUCCAUCAUGCCCGUCAUCGUGCGCGCCAACACCAACGCGCCCACCAUCAUGAUCGCCGAGAAGGCGUCCGACAUGAUCAAGGAGGACUGGGGCGAGAUCAACCACGGCGGCGACUACUACUAGCAGCACUCCCAAUCAACACGUCAUAUUGACAUCCAAAGAACUAAGUUGGUCACGAGAAAGGUCAAAAUUUAGGCCAAAACUCAGUCAUUUUAAAGUUUUAUUGACUGAAAUGACCUAUCCGUGACACUUUCGUGUUCUCUGAGCGGGAAAACAGGUCGUCUGAGACUUGCAAAGAGUGAGAAACACUGUGAGAAAAAUCUUCAUCGUUAUGAAGACAAUCCCUUGCAUACAAUGUUCGGUACGAGGAUGUCCUCAAAGCGACAAGGAUGAUUUUAACAGUGUUUGCAGAGAUGGUUUGGAUUGGAACAUUACUGUGCAGUGUGCAAACGCGAUCUUUCAAGUGUUCAACAAGCACGCACUCUAAGUAAGUGCAGAGCGCAUUUCACACGGCGUGUCCAUCUUGAAUUGCAUUCCUAUAUAUGACAGCUAGCGUACGCACCGUUAUUACUAGGGUGAUUAUUUAUUAUUUCUCCCUACAACCAUACAAACACGUCAUAUUUGACUCACUUUGCGUAUUAUAAUGCACGAGUUUAUAAAUAGCUUUAAAAGAAAAUCACUUGUUGAAUAUUUGAAAGUGUUUGGGAGUUUGCACACUUGAAAUGCUAACGGUGAGUGGUGGGAGAGAACUAGUGGGAACGGACAUAGGCGGUUAAUCUCUGACAAAGGACAUCACACGUGCCAAAAUAACUAUAACUAGACUCAAAGCAUUCGUUAAUCUACCACAGAUAUAUAAUUUAUUGGUGGAAGGGGCUGUAGUCUCGGAGACUCCCGUGCUAUAUAAGAAUACAAGUGAAAGCGGUAUAGUGUAGACAUCAGAUCGGCUUGACCACUGCAUGCGACAGAGAAAACUACCGUGAGGCUAAGAACAUUCUAAGGUGCAGUGACAGAUUUCUACGCAAACCUUGACAUGGUUUGAAAGUUGCUGAUGUUCACCAACCAUAUGUAAAAAAAUAAUAAACGAUGCCAGACCCCUAUAACAUCACAUGUCAUAGUGUUUUCUUUGUCUCUCACCCACUACAUUCGAAAACAUACUCUGUGAAAAAUAUCAUCGU